AUGAGAGAGUUGAAUAUAACAUUCGAAGAUUUGAAGAACAAGUCGGACAACAUCAGAAUCCUGAAGGACAAACAGACCAGACUGCAGAUCAAAUAUUUCCAGAUAUAUUUAUUAGCUGCGAAGCCCAGUAAAACGGUUGCAGUGGUUUUUCGAUUCCAACUGAAUUGUAUGAACGGAGCUAUAUUAGCUCUUGCUUUUCCAGAACUGGAUGCUCUCAAUCUGCCUUUUGAAACCUGGAUAUACUGGAUCCAGCAUACAAUGAUGCUAGUGAUACCUAUGUAUCUUUUACAGCAGGGAGGGCCUUUUGAGACUGAGGGACUUUGUGACCUGAGCUGGUGUGCUUUAUCUUAUGUUGUACUCAUUGUUUACCAUUUUGUGCUGCUCCAAGCAUUGGCCAUGCCGGCGCAGGUGAAUUUGAACCACAUGCUCUGUCCCGCGGUCAAGGAUCCAUUCAAAGGUCCGCACUAUCGUAAGUUAGCCGUCAUCCAUCAGGCCAUUCUGUGCCCUCUUAUGUGUAAGUCGCUCUGUGCCCUCUCUUGCUUCAUUUCGCCAUACUUCAAUAGGCAACAGCAAAAGUUGAAGUCUCUCAAUCAUAAAGAGUAAUGCUCGUAUCAAUUUCUAGUCACAUUUCAUUGUAUUUUCAUUCACGUUUGUUAAUUGUGGGUUGUUUGCCUCACAUGUUUGAAGACAUUUGUUAAAGACAAUCAUUAUUAUCAUUGAUCAUUAUUCGGCUUUAUGUAUUACAUGUUGACGUCUCGAGAAAUGAGUUCCUAUUUUGCAACAGAUACGAGUAGACAAAUAUCAAUGUUUAUUUUUAAUUUUAAGUCAAAUAGGCAUGAUUAAUAUGCGAAAUUUUAAUGAUCCACUCAUUUGUGGUUUAGAAAUGUUUUAUUACUAGAGAAAUGCUUACAAUGACAUUUGAAAGUAAUUUUUAUCGACAGUUGAAUAUUUUUACGUUUGAGUAUUUCAACUUUUUAAGAGUAAAAUAUUCUAGUUUUUCUCGAAAAAAUAUGAAGUUCUUUGAUAUUUUCAUUCAGAAUGACAACUGGAAUUAACAUUGAGUCAUUCAAAGUUUUUUUGGUGUGCCCAAUCUUAUUGUAGGCUAUUCUUAUAUAAUGUAAGCUCAUAUAUAUUAUAUAUUUUUUUCUAUUUAUUUACUUCUGGUUAUUUUCGUUUGUUAUAUUUUCUGAGAAGAACUUUAUACUAACUUUUUCCAUUACUAUUGUUUCUCUUUGUUGAUCGACUCAAAAAAUACUUUGAACAAUCACUUGUAAUUAACACCGUGUUACUUCGAAUUUUAAAGGCGCCUCCUUUGUCUAUAGUGAGGUCCACGUUAUAAUGACAGUAUUUGAUUAACUUUGGUUUUGCUAUCCUUGUCUAUCAUUCGACAAAGCCGGUGGUACUAUCCUUUUCUAGGUCCACAACGAUGUCAAUUAUGUUUUUGACAGUGUUGAAAUAUAAUUAAUUAAUGCAGAGAAUCGGCAUCGCUAUUCUCCUAUCUUUAUCCACUGCCAUUAUAACGUGGACCUCACUAUAUCAACAUUAACAUCAAGGUUCGUCUCAAGUUAAAAUAAUGUGAAUCUUUUCAAACAAAGAAUUUAUCGGACGUUUUCUUACCAAGAUGCAUUUUAAAUUCAAAGAAAUACGGUAUAUUUAAUAUUAUGAGAGUAAUUUUUGUUUACCAUCGAAUUAUACAUUUUUAUGAUAAUUUUAAACGUUUUUCAUCUUACUCGUUCUGUAGAAUUGAUAAUUUUGUUGCUGAAAUAAUGAACAAAUUUUCUCAAUAAAUAAUACUUAGUGAAUAGAAUAGGCCUAUCUAUAUAAAUACAUUUUCAAGUUCUAAAUGAAUUUAUCUUUGUUAAGAUCUAGUUUAUGAUAGAAAGUAGGAGGUAGUUACAGAACAUUAAUUUUAUUAUAAAAACUGUAUACAUUUUCAAAUCAUCUUUGAACUACACAGUUUGAGAGGGUAAUAGAUUAACAUCAAUUUAUAGAAUUUGUUGAUUAUUCAAAUUAUUUAUAGUUAGAAUUAUAAAUUUUGAUCAAAUUUUCUUCAUAUGCAAAUCAGUGCUUAGGAUUUUAAAAUGAGUAGUAAAUUAUUAUCAGAGUAUCUAUAAUAAAAAUACGAAUAAAUAAGCUUGUUUAAACACUUUUCCUUUCUAGAUAAAUAUAUUUUAUACUUGGGGAUUGAAAUAGAUUCAUGGACGGUGUCAAUUUACUACAGUUAUUGAGCCUUAUCUUGAAUUAUUUUUAAUUCUUGCCCCGACUCAAUAAUUUUACUUAUUUUUCUGGAACCAUACCUGCCAAAUGAGUAUUCUUCACAUGAUAUCUGUUGUGAAUAAACCUUUUUAAAUUGUAACGAAAAGAAAUUUUGAUCACACCCCAAAUUUCAGUGCCUCAAAGUAUAAAAGUAUACUGUGUAAUUUCACUUUUCAGUUACGAUGAUUUGUAAUAAAACUUGUUCUCAAUUAAUUAUUCCUAAUGGAAGAGAAACUUAAAGAGACUUAUUUAUGAGCCAGGUAAAUAAAAUGAGAAUCUAAUAACUAUAUUUAUAUCUUACGAAUAGCAUAUAAUAUAAUAUUGAAAAGUUCAUUUUCCGUCAUUAUCAUAGUCUAGUAGAAAGCUCUUAACAAUAAAUUAGAAUCAAUAGGACUAGACCACGGUCCACCAGUGGAGUACUCAACUAUUAGGAGCUUUAUUGUUAGUCUAUUAUUAUAACUAUAUUAAAAAGAAUAAUAUUUUUAUAUUUGUUGUGAGGGAAUAAUCAAUUCAUGAAUAAUCAAAAUUUAAUUUAUUAUAGUCCUAAUUUCCAUUCACCUUUUUACAAAACUAAUGGUAAUUUUCUAAAUGAUUUAAUUAUGUGAUCUGUUAUUUAGUCCCGUAUCCUACAGAUACAUUAACUAAAUCUUGAAAUAAAUGGAACCUAUUUAAAAUAUUAUCAAACUUGUAAUCCUGUCCAGAAUAUUUAUUCAAUCCUAUUUCUAGUCAUUCUUGCAUUUACGUAUAUUAUUGUGCUAUUUGAUUUACUUGUUUAUGCCCGCCCCUACUCACUUCCCGAUUUCUCAUUUCAAAGUUAUUCUGUAUCCUCUCGUUUGUAGCUUUCUCGAUUUGCUACUCGUUGUUCUUAUUUAAGCUGAUCUAUUGGUAUUCCGUUGCUGUUGUUAAUACCAAACUGCUUCACAAUCAAGGAUACCCAUUUUACGACUUAUCGUAAAACUUCCCAUCCAACACAGCGGCUUGGCUUUUCACUUGAAAGUUGAUAUUUUUUAUUGGUGCAAAUUAAUAGUAUGAGUACUCCAGGUGGACCCGAAUAAAUCAAGUUUUUCGAUUUGUAUUGAUAAAGAUUUUAUAGAAUACUAUAUUUUACUCAUGUUACAAUUGAAAUUGUGAUAGAAUAAAUAAAUCCUACUAGCUUACCCUCAUCCCUAGUCAUUAUCUAGUCAAAUAUGCCAAUUAGUGAUUCAUUUAGAUACUAAAACUAUAUUGUAACCUUAAAAUUAUAAGUAAUGACCUUAAUAAUUAAAUUCUAACGUUUCGAAUAAAAAGCUUUCAUUAUUGAAUAAAAAUUAAUAUUAUUGUAAAGUGAUUUAGAAUUAAACGUUAAAAGUUAGCAGCUUCGAUCACUAACUUGCUCUCUUUCUAAAAUUAGUAAUUUACUUCUUCUCUACAGAUAUCCAACUUUGAAAAAUAGCUGCCUCAUGUCAAAUAAUUAUUUUUUAACUGUUGAAACUAAAACAACAUUAAUCGCCACUCCUAGUUAUGCCUGUGUUAGUUAUGUUUUGUUUACAAUAGAAAGCAUACCUGUUGCUUCGUAAAUUAGUAUUCAAAUUAUCAGUAUUAGAAUGUAUUUUUCAUUCACAUUUGGGUAGGAUAAUCUAUUUUCUCAAUUACACCUUAUUCCUCUCGUAUUAAUAUUUUUUCAACAAUAAUAAAUUAUCAAGAUUGCACUUAAAAUGACAUUUGAAGAUUCUGAUCAAUAUUUUUCAGCAUUUAAUUUAAGAAAAGCUCAUUAUUAUUGGUGCAAAUGAAUAGCAUGAAAACAAAACAAAAUAUAGGUUAAAUUAAAAUGAAAAAGCCUGUACGAGAAUUUGAUACAAUAUCUGUACUAAUUACAUUAAUUUUUUAAAAGUAACUGUGAACCAGUGAGAUUGUAUUUUCACCUCUAAACUUAUGUGUAUUUUCGUAUAUUGUGUAUCAUUGUCAUCAUCGAAUAUUUGUGGACUGCUUUCUUCAUAAUCUUUUCUCUAGCCAUUAAUUUAAAGGUUGAUUUUUCACAAUUUAUCAAUAACACCGAUUGACGUAGAAUUCGUUUAUUUUCGAAUAUUCAAAACUAUCAAUUAGAUAUUACAAUCAUUGUAACUAAUUUCAGGCCUACUCCAUAACAUUUUCAAACCAUAACAAGUUUAUUCAUAAGCAUAUAAACAUGUUCUCAGCAAUUACAAUACUCUGUAUAGUGUAAACAUUGAAAGGAAACAUUUUACAUAACAGUUUAUUACUGUAUUGCUUUGUAAUUUUAUGAAAUAAAAACACUUAUUACUCGAUUA